AUGGAUGAUGGACCUGUGACGGGUCAGGAGGGGAGAGCAGCAACGAAGACCAAGGCAAUGGUCUUGAAGAGUCACGUAUGGGAGGAGGAGAAGAAGAAGAAGAAGAAGAAGAGAGCGUGUGUGAGAGACAAAGAGAGAGGACAGGAGGAGAGGAAGCAGAGGGCAGCACGUUACGUUGCCCUCGCCGGAGAUUCCCUGGCGCUGACGCCCUGCCUGCCUGUCAGCGCCGGUCUCUGCAGGGUCCAGCCCCAUGAUCUGUCGCUUCUCGACCACCUCGACUUCUGGCGUGCCUCCAGCCGUCCCCGGAAAUCGAUGCGACAGGAAAGUCGCCCCCAAGGCACCGCAUGCACCGACGGCAUUUGUUGCCUCCAGGGACGAUUCAGUCUGACUUUGUGCGUUCCACGGCUCAGCAGAAGCACAAGAAUCCACCCCGCAACAAAGUCCGCCACCUGGCUGAGUGACGAGAGACGGUCGUUGGAGUCGGAGAGCAGAUCCCAACUUGAAGAAACCCACUGCCGGUCUCUGCUUCAAUAUAGGAAUGUAUACGGAGUAGAGAUGAAGGGGGACAUGCUUAAUACCGUUUCUCCGGGCAAAUGGCAUAUUAGAUCAUCAAUCUCCAUGACUCCCAGAGGUGGUGGUCUGUCUGGCCGGGAAAGACUUGGGAAAAAGGAAUGCACCAAGACCGUAACUAUGUAUGACAGCGGGUUGUUUGUCAAACACAGAGGCUUCAGGGAUCUUCCCAUGGCAUCGCUGGUGACAGGUGCUAUCUGCACUCGGCCAUGGCCAGGCCUUGUUGAAAAGCCAGCCCAUGUUUCGCAUCCGAACAGAACCAAGGUGUGGCCAAAACGGGCUAAAAAAGUUUGA